AUGGGAGAAAGGCCGCGAUUGGAGCUCUUCGCCGGACUCGCUUCCCUCUACCGCUCUCGCGACUACUCCGACCUCACCAUCUCCGGCCGUGAUGGCACUCGACACUCCGUGCACAGGGCAAUAGUCUGUCCGAGAUCAGACUACUUCCAGCGAGCCGUCCAGGAGCGACGAUGGAGGGUAUGAAUGAACUCCCCCAAAACCUUACAUCAGGCCUUUCAACAACGUCUAACGUGGUACUCAAGGAUGGAAUCGAAGGCCACCUCGCCCUGCCGGAAGAGGAUGAGGUCGUCAGACUCAUGAUCGAAUACCUGUACCUCCUCGACUAUGAUCCCACCACCGUCUCGCAGCCGGAAGACUCCACCACUACCACUACGACGGCGGCAAGUUCCUCCUACCACGAUAGUAGUUCCAGCAGCGACACCAUGAGCAUCCGCACCGAACCAGGCCAAUACGGCCACGUCUACGGCACCUCCGCCAUCAGCGCCUUCGGCGGCCCGGCACACCACCACGCCCCUCCCCCGUUUCCAGGCAUCCCCCGCCCGAGAACAGAAUCCUCCCUCACCGUACACGCUCUCCCGACAACAAGUCCAACAGUAGACUUCGUGGACUUCUACCACCACAACCCACAGCAGCAACACCCUCGCAGACGAAACCCCACUGCCAGAGGAACGAUGGUAACCGCUGCCCCUUCCCCCUCUCCCUUGGCAACCAAACAGCCCCACCUCGUCCUGCACGCUCGCAUCUACUCGGCAGCAGCGAAGUACUCCAUCGGAGGCCUCAAAACUCUCGCCCUGGAUAAAUUCAAAAUCCAACGUACUCGCCACUGGGACUCGCCUGAAUUCCCGGAAGCUAUUCACGUGGUCUAUUCUUCUACUCCGGCUACUGACAAGGACAUGCGCGAAGCCAUGGCAGAUACCUUGGGUUGGCAUGGGAGUUUGCUUGAUAAGCCCGAGGUGGAAGUUGCGAUCAUGGAGAUUAAUGGGUUGGCGUAUGAAUUGUUGAAGAGGAGUAGACGGGCGGAACCGGAGUACGAAUGA